CAACUGAGCCAAAUAAGGCCAUGAAUAAUAUUGUCUUUGAGGACGGUAAAGGAGAGGCUCAUCAACAAAAGUUGUGAUACUAUUCUGAUUAGUUAUUGUCGGGACAAUGAACCACAAGAAAUCGAGUACUCCGUCAUUACUCCCUUGGAUCCCAGCGGGUGUGCCGGACAAGGAUAAGUCCAAAAAUCGUUUUGUCCACAAGAAGAACAGCAAAAUUGAAGGUCUUGAACUCGGAGAAAGCAAUGCCAAUGCCUUGUUCAAGGAUAAGGACAAGGACAAGUACAAGAAGAACUCCACUUGGGCCCUAAUGAGCGAGAAGAAACCCCCGUUUCUUUCCGUUUCCCAGAAAUCCGAGGAGGAUCGAGUGUCCUUGCAAAACAAGAUCAAAGACAUCUUCGAGGAAGAGGAAGAGGAGCAGGAGGAGGAGGAGGAAAACGAGAAGGACCAUCUUGAACGGCAAGGAAGGAACUCGGACAGAUCACAGAGUCGACACAGAAGUGCCAGUCCCAAACGAAGUCGCUCUCGCGAGCAAAACAGCAAUUCCUCCUCACGAUAUGAAAGGAAAUCCAAAAAGCGUUCCAAAUCAGAGGAUCGCCAACGCCGUCAUCGAAGGAGACAUCGUUCGAAGGAGCGUCGGGACAAAAGUCGACAUAAAAGUCGAUCUCCAUCGGUGACAAGAAAUGAAAAUUCUCCCGUGGUGAGAAGGUAUCGCAAAGACGAGGGAUUUUUUGAACCUUCUGGAUACAGAGAUCGACCAGAGAGCAAGGCCAAGUUCCACGGUCGACCCAGAAGCGCUGAACAUAGCUCUGGAUUUGGAAGCCUGAUGGAAGACGGGGAUGAUCCGACUCGACAUUCAAUCGAUUUCAUUGACAGUAUCAAUGCAGCUGGAAAUCAAAUACAGCCUCGACAUUUGGCCCAAGUUCACCAACAACCGGCCCAAGUUCUCCUCAAUCAUGGAAACCCAGGUAUCAACAAUGUGCCUAAUCCACCCAAUCCAGCUUUGGUAGAUAUCCCCACGGAAGCCCCAUGGCCCAAUCGGGUCCAAGGAUACACUAAUGAUCCCUAUGGAUUGCGGCAACGGGCUCAGUUUCCUGGCAAUCAAGGUUAUUCUAAUGGCGCUUACCAAGAAGAGGUUUAUCCGCCACAUCUAAUGAAUCCAGGCUUUAAUCAACCUCAAUUUGAUCCGAACCCUCAAAUGGAACCGAGUGGUCAGUUUCAAUACCCAAGGGGACAUCCCAGGCACCAACGACACUCCCUUCAAUCCCAAUUUGCCCCCAUACCUUAUUCGGAUGGACUUUCCUCGGGAAAUUCGGGCUAUGGAUUUCAGUCCAUACCUCUGCAACAGAGACGAAAUUCGGCCCCCGAGGCCUGGUUAGUGUUUCCCAAGGGUGGCGGUGCAGGCAGGUCAAGCAGAGUGAGCAAAUCCAUGAGAAACUACGCAAGUCAACCACUCAAAUUCACAGAAAGUGUUGGCAGCCGUUUGAAGCAAAGUUUUACGCGGCUCAAUCGCGAAACUCCGGUAGAAAAAUUCAAUUUGAUGGAAGAAAAACCGAAAGAGGUUCGGAGACAAGAUAAACGAAGGAAUGCUAUGAUUGCGGCAGUGGCCACAAUCAUUGGGUGUCUUCUCUUGGGACUGGGAUUGAUUGGCAUUGCAGCGGCAACCACAACAACCGGAGGAAGUAACACGGGAAGCGUUAAGGGAGCAUCUAUAAUCGGUGGUUCUGGAUCAACACCCCUAAACACCUCAGUAUGUAACAAUUAUAACAUUCUGGACCAGGCUUGGAGGAAGAUCGUUCCGAGGUACAUAGGAUCGUAUAAGUGUGAUUUGGAGCGACCCAAACUUCAAGAGGGCUGGUAUCGUUUCCAGGAACCCGCCGGGACAUUUUUACCCACUUCAGCCCCGGGUUCCUUAGUCGAGAAUCGUAUUUGCGGUCCGCAAAUGGCGGCUUGGGUGGAUGGAGAACAUCCCAAAAAGCACGAAGGAACGGUGUCCAGACGAUUCUGCUUCCAAUGGGAAACUGGUCCUUGCCAGUUCCAUGUCAAUAGUAAUAUCCGAACAUGCGAGGAUGCACAAACCGGGACAACCUUCUAUGUCUAUCUACUGAAAAUUCCUUCGGAUAUUCCGUGCAAUUUUGGUUAUUGUGCAAGAUCUUAGAUCCAAUUUUCAAAACAAAUACAACAACUUUAUUUUAAAUUGGAAA